GAGCCCCGCCCCGCCUUCCCAUGGAGCUGGUGCUGGCGGAGGCGCUGCUGGGCCUCGCGCACAGCCCGGAGCCCUGCGCGCUGCUGCGGGCGGUGUGCGGCGGCGAUGGGGCCGCCCCGCUCUCCGUGGAGCGCGUGGAGACCCUCCGCUUCCUGCUGCAGUGGCUGGAGGCCGGCGGGGCCGGGGGGGAGGCGCUGCGGCGGGCGGCCGGGGAGGUGGCGCUGGGGCGCUGCUGGCCCCUGCUGCGCGGCGGCGGCGGGGGAGCGGACGAGCCGGGGCGGCGCCGCCUGGUGAGAGCCGCCUGCGGGGCGCUGCGGUUCUGCGCCCGGCUCUGCGGGGCCCCGCUGGCGGCGCGGCUGGCCGGGGAGGCGCUGGCGGCGCUGCGGGCCGAGCCGCCGGGGGCCGGGCUGGGCGCCGAGGCGGCGGUGGAGGCGCUGGUGGCCGUGGCCCCCGAGCUGCGGGAGCCGGCCUUGCUGGAGCGGGCGGUGGACGCGGCGCUGGCGCUGGUGCGGGCGGGCGGGCGCGACGCCGGGGAGGAGGUGGCGGCGGCGCUGGUGGCCGGGCGGCUGCUGCCGGCGCUGAGCCGGAACCGCACCGCCCUGGGGCGGGUCUGGGAGGGGCUGCUGCUGCUGCCGGGGCGCGGGGCGGAGGGGGGCGCCGCCGCCGCCGCCCAGCGGGUGAGCCGGACCCUGCUGGCCCUGACCGCCCUGGCGGACCUGCUGUUCCCCGGCCUGGAGGGGGAUGGUGGCGGGGAGGGCCCGGCUGUGGACGCCCGGCUCUGCGGGGGCUUCUGGCGAGUGGUGCAGAAGGGACUCACCGACGGGGACGGGCUGUGCCGGAAACGAGCCCGCUACCUGCUGAAGCGAGCGGUGGAGGUGUCCGAUCAGCUGCGCGCGGACUGCACCUGCCCCCCGGACAGUGGAGACGAACCAAGUCUUUUCUGGUGGUCUGUGGAGAAGAAUGACAAACUUUUGCAAUUUUGGGAAAAUUACAUUUUAAUAAUGGAGACUCUGGAAGGAAAUCAGAUACAUGUUAUAAAGCCAGUCUUACCAAAGUUAAACAGUUUGUAUGAAUAUGCAGUAUCAGAAAAAGGUUGUUGGUUGUUUCAUCCAUCAUGGCAUAUGUGCAUUUACAAAAGGAUGUUUGAAAGUGAAAACAAAACUUUGACGAGGGAAGGUGUUGCUCAAUUUCUGGAACUGUAUGAAACAAAACGCCUUCCAGAUUCACCAGGAUUUUCAGAGUUUAUUAUUGGACCAUUAAUGGAUGCACUUUCAGAAAGUUCUCUCUAUGGCAGGUCACCAGGCCAGUUGAUAGGAGCUUGUCCUCCUUUAGGGAUGAAGUUACAGAAGUUUUUGUCUACUUACCUCACACUCCUUCCAGAAGAAGAAAAAAGUAGUUUCCUGUUAAAGUUUAUUCAGAAGAUGACAAGUAGGCACUGGUGUGCUGUUCCCAUUUUGUUUCUGUCUAUGGCACUGGCAUGUAUCCCAUCAUAUAAAGCAUUGGGUACAGAAGGACUUCAUGCUCUAAGAGAUGUCCUGCAAUGCACUAUGAUCACACAUCAAAUUUUGUUGCGGGGAGCUGCUCAGUGUUUUCUUCUUCAAACGGCUAUGCAUUUGACAGAUGUGGAGAAAGUGUCACUUCCAGAGAUUUCAAGUUUUCUCAUGUCUCUUAGACAAGAGGAGUCCUUAAGCAGAGGGACGGUACUGUGGAUGGAGCUUUGCUAUUGGCUGUAUACUCAUGACAGAUGCUUCAGAAAGUCCAUAAACUGCCAGGUUGAGCAUCAAGAAAGAUCUUCAUUAAGUGUAUAUGUAUGUACUCUUGUGGAAGAUUACCUUAAGGCACCUGCAUCCAAAAGAGAAAACUGCUUUAUGCCUGACUGGUUUGAAGCUAAGCUUGUUGCUACAAUGAUUCUGCUGGCUGCAGAUGUGGAGGAGGUGAAGAAUAAACACAGCAAAAAAAGCAACACUGAACGGGUUGAACUAAAGUCUUUCUUGCACCCCCUUCUGGAUGUCUUGUUGAAACUUGGCACUAAUGCUUACAUACCAACACUGAAAACUGAUAAAAGUCUACAGCUACUGUUGAAGCUAUUACAGACCUGUUUGUUAAAACAAUCCAGUCCACAAGAUGAUGUGGUGUUAAGUUUUCUCUCUAAUUCUGUUAUGACUGCUGCAGAAAGUAUUCUGGACUUUGUCCUCAGAAGACUCACUACAAGUGAGUUGAAUACUAUUUCAGAUCUGGAUCGUUGUAAUUUAUACUUAACAUUAUUGUCAGACCUGGUGAAUUUGUGCUCAAAAGCUGGCUGGAAAAAGGGGCCCUCCAUUUGGAAUUUCAUCUCUUCUCUGAUAAAUGCUUCUAUUCAAAAUCUGCAGGAGACGGGCAAUGAACAGGAACCUAAGCUUGGAGAACAGAUUCAAAAAGUAGUUAGUAUGGCCUCACUAACUGUGGUUUGUGAGAUUAUUGAUCAGAAACCUGAACUGCAACUUAAGUCUCUACGCGCUGUUGAAACCCUAAAAGGUUUUAUUUCCUCUGUUCAACUUAAUCAAGUAUUAAAGAAGCCUUCUUAUAUUGAGGAAAAAAAUAGUUUAUUUGAAGAAUCAACAUCUUCUCAAGGAUGGGGGAAAAUCGUUGCAAGCUAUGUACAUGACCAGUGGGUUUGCCUUCAUUUUAUUUUAAAUAAGUAUCAUAAAUUUAUACCAUUGUCAAAUGAUGAGACUCUGGAACUAUCUUUGCUUGCAGUCCAAAGGCCAAUAAGAACUCUACAGUCUGCACUGGAAGCUCUAACUCUUUUGCCUUCUGACCAGGUUUUACCUGUGUUUCAGUGCAUGAAAGUGCUUGUUCCCAAGCUUCUGGGCUCAUCCGAAUCUCUCUGCAUAGAUGCAUUUGAUAUGGCUUGGAAAGUUAUGUCCUCUUUGAGCAACACUCAGCUAAUAUUUUGGUCUAAUUUAAAAGCCUUUGUUUGGUUUGUCUUUGACACUGAAGUUCUUGCUGUUGCUGCAAGUAGCAAGGGUCAAGCAUAUUCAAAAAUAAAGGAGAUCAUACUCAAGCUAGUUGAAAUGUCCACUGCAAGAACUGGAGUCUUUAAUAUAGUGCUUAGUUAUUGCUGUCAGUCGUGGUUAUUUCCUACAUCUGAUGACACAGGUGCUUUAGAGAAUCCCUUCUCAAAUGCUGGAAAUUACAGUGAACUUAUCACGGAGGCCUGUGUCUUUGGAACUAUAUUUAGGCGAGAUCAAAGACUCAUUCAGGAUGUCCAUGCCUUUGUAGAAAAUCUUGGAGAUGAAUGUGCAGCCAAUGUUGUCACAGAAAGUACAAACAGAGAUGACCAUUAUGUGCGAGUUUGUGCUGUCAAAUUCCUAUGCUUGUUGGAUGGAUCAAAUGUAUUGCACAAGAUGUUUAUGGAAGACCUUGUCAUCAAACUACUUGAUAAAGAUGAAUUGGUGUCCAAAUCUAGAACACGCUACUAUGUGAACUCUUUACAACACAGAAUUAAAAAUCGGUUGUGGCAAACACUGCUAGUUAUUUUUCCAAAACUUGAUCAGAAUUUUUUGACUGGGACUCUUGACAAGAUUUUUCAGGCUGGAUUUGGUAACAAUCAAGCAUCCAUAAAAUACUUAAUAGAAUGGAUUAUCAUCUUGAUUCUAAACAGAUACCCCCAGUUUCUUGAAAAAUUCUGGAAUUGUUUCUGCUAUGGUGAAGAAAAGCUUAAAACUAGCAUCUGUACAUUUUUAUCUGUGUUGUCUCACUUUGACAUUAUUCUUGAAAAUACCUCUGAGAAGAAACCAAUUUUGAAGAAAGCCCUUCUUGUUGUUCUACAGUGGUGUUUCAACCACAAUUUCAGUGUUCGACUUUAUGCAUUAGUAGCUCUCAAGAAAAUCUGGGGUAUGUGCAAAGCAUUGUGUGUGGAAGAAUUUGAAGCUUUGACACCAGUUAUUGAAUCGAGUCUUCAUCAAGUGGAAAACAUGCAUGGUACAGGGAAUGCUAGAAAGAAUUGGCAACGAAUCCAAGAUCAUUUCUUUUUUGCAACAUUUCAUCCCCUGAAGGAUUACUGUCUAGAGACAAUAUUUUACACACUUCCACGCCUUUCAGAACUUGUUGAAGAUGAAUGGAUCCCACUCUGUAAAUUUACCAGAUAUACUGACAUUUCUUUGCCUGCAGCAUUUCAUUGGCUGCAUUCUCGAACUGAACUUCUUAAUCUAAAACCAAGUGACUGGUCUCAGCAAGAUAUGGGUUCAGAUUUAGUUGAAACGGAUAACCAAACAGAAUGGACAGAUGUUCAGAAAAAGAUCAUCCCUUGGAAAAACAGUUGUCCUGAUUUAGACCUGGAAUUGAUAUUUCAGGACCGUGCAGCUAAACUUGGUAAAUCCAACAGUAGAUUGAUUGUAGUGGCCUCACUUAUUGAUAAACCCACCAAUUUAGGAGGUUUGUGUCGUACAAGUGAAAUAUUUGGGGCAUCUGCUUUAGUUGUUGGCAGUCUUCAUUAUAUAAACGAUAAGCAAUUUCAACAUCUCAGUGUUUCUGCAGAACAGUGGCUUCCUCUUGUCGAGGUGAAACCAUCUCAGCUUGUUAAUUAUUUACAGCAGAAGAAAACUGAAGGCUACACUAUCAUAGGUGUGGAGCAAACUGCUAAAAGUUUUGACUUAACUGAAUACUGCUUUCCAGAGAAAUCCUUGUUAUUGCUGGGAAAUGAACAUGAGGGAAUCCCAGCAAACCUGAUUCAGCAUCUGGAUGUUUGUGUGGAAAUUCCUCAGCAGGGUAUCAUUCGAUCACUAAAUGUUCAUGUAAGUGGAGCUCUGCUGAUUUGGGAGUAUACGAGGCAACAACUGAUCAAGCAAAAACAACUGAAAUAACUGCAGGAGUCUUGUGCCUUAUUUGUAAUGUAGCUGGAUGGCUUUUUAUGGUGCUGUAAAACGUUUUUAAACACAUGGAAUAAUUACAGACUCAGGGUGAAUGACGAUGUUUUUAAAUUUUGCAUGUCAUACAGUGGUGUUGUGUAGUACAAAAAUUGUUUUUAAAUGCCUUAAUGUAUUAUCUGAUUAUAUACAACUGUUUUAUUGGUAAUAAAUAGUCUUGUUUGUAUUGCUUA